AUGGCGGAGGAAGAUGAUAUAAUAAGCACUUUACCAGACGCCAUUCUCUGUCACAUUCUCUCUUUUCUCCACACCAAACAAUCCUUUGCCACAACCAUUCUCUCAAAAAGAUGGAAAAAUCUCUACCUCUCACUUCCAGUUCUACACUUCAAGGCCGCAAUCACUGAUCAAACUGCCUAUGUUCGCUUUAUCAACUUCGUAUACUCUGCCUUGCUCUCUCGAGAUCCUGCAUUUCCCAUUAAGACUUUCUACCUUGAUUUUACUUUCCAUAAUCAUGAAAUUCUCAGUCCUCACAGCCCCGUGGAAAUUAUCACCAAAUGGGUCAAAUUUGUUACACAACGUGGUGUUGAAUACAUUGAUCUCUAUGCGGAACUGGAAGAUGGUGCUUUUGGUUUUACCGAAUUGCCCAUCAGUAGUCUCAGCUGCAAUACCCUUGUGGUUCUCAACCUUCUAUGUUUCAGUCUGGAAGAGGCUUUUUCUCCUAUUGCUCUUCCAUCUCUUAAAACCCUUCACUUGGAAAAUGUUUCGUUCCCUAAACUUCGAGAUUUUAUGUUGUUCUUAUCUGGAUGUCCAAUUCUUGAGGAUUUAUUUAUAUUUAAUGUGUUGUUUGAUUCUGAGGAAUCUCUUACUUGUGACGAGUGGAAGACCUUUUGCUUAACUAACUUGACCAGAGCUGAUAUUGAUUGUUUUCGCAAUCAUUUUCCAUUGAAAGCAGUUCACAAUGUAGUUUCUCUGCGCUUACCAAUUGACCAGGUGAAUUGCCGUAGUGAUUUCAUACCUACUUUUCAUAAUUUGACCCAACUGGAGCUUGUUUAUCUCAAUUAUAGUUGGCAUUUCUUAUUACAAGUUCUCAAACUAAGCCCUAAGCUUCAAGAGCUUAAAAUUGACCAGGCCGGUUUAAACAAGGAUUUUUGGACUAGAAAAGAUGACAAAGAAAAUUGGGUGGACCCAGAUUCUGUGCCGCAAUGCCUUUCAUUACACCUUAGAACUUGCAUUCUAUUCAAUUUCUUAGGCCUACAAGGUGAGCUUCUGCUUGCAAAGUAUAUUUUGAAGAAUGCAAGAGUUUUGCAAACCAUGAAAAUUAGGAACGUUGGGCAGACCAAUAUUAAAAGACUAAUAUCCUCAUACCCAAGGGACUCCACAAUGUGUAAAGUUACAAUUUAUCAACGUUCCAAAGUAAGCAGUAGUUCCUCUGUUCUUGCUGCCAUUUAGUUAGCUUC